GCUCAGUCAAAUUUGCAAGUAGCUCUCACUCAUUCCUCUUUCUAUCUCAGCGAAUCCAUUCCCCUUGAACAACAAUGGCGAUUAGGGUGCGCCACCCUAACCUCCGCUCUCUCAUUCUUCUCUCCCUUCUCGCCAUCGCAUCCGCUAAAGUCUUUUUCGAAGAACGCUUCGAUGAUGGAUGGGAAAAUCGUUGGGUAAAAUCUGAAUGGAAGAAAGAUGAGAACUUGGCUGGGGAAUGGAAUUAUACCUCUGGUCAAUGGAAUGGAGACGCUACUGACAAAGGUAUUCAAACAAGUGAAGAUUACAGAUUCUACGCUAUUUCUGCCGAGUUCCCUGAAUUUAGCAACAAGGAUAACACACUAGUCUUCCAAUUUUCUGUCAAGCAUGAACAAAAGCUUGACUGUGGUGGUGGUUACAUGAAGUUGCUUAGCGGGGAUGUUGAUCAGAAGAAAUUUGGCGGUGAUACUCCUUACAGUAUCAUGUUUGGUCCAGAUAUCUGUGGUUACAGUACCAAGAAAGUGCAUGCUAUCCUAACCUACAAUGACACAAACCAGUUGAUAAAGAAGGAUGUUCCAUGUGAGACUGACCAACUUACUCAUGUUUACACAUUUAUCAUCCGUCCAGAUGCAACCUACAGCAUCCUGAUUGAUAAUGUGGAGAAGCAAACCGGUAGUCUAUACACUGACUGGGAUCUUCUUCCUCCAAAGAAAAUCAAGGAUCCCGAGGCCAAAAAACCAGAAGAUUGGGAUGAUAAAGAGUUUAUUCCUGACCCUGAGGAUAAGAAACCAGAGGGUUACGAUGACAUCCAAAAAGAGAUCCCAGACUCUGAUGCCAAAAAGCCUGAAGAUUGGGAUGAUGAGGAAGAUGGUGAGUGGACAGCACCUACCAUUGCUAACCCAGAGUACAAGGGCCCAUGGAAGCCAAAGAAAAUUAAGAACCCCAACUACAGUGGAAAGUGGAAGGCACCAUUGAUCGACAACCCAGAAUUCAAGGACGACCCCGAAAUCUAUGUUUUCCCUAAGUUGAAGUAUGUUGGUAUUGAAUUGUGGCAGGUGAAAUCUGGUACCUUGUUUGACAAUGUCGUUAUUACCGAUGAUCCCGAAUAUGCUAAGCAACUGGCUGAAGAAACAUGGGGCAAGCAGAAGGAUGCUGAGAAGGCAGCAUUUGAAGAGGCUGAGAAGAAGAAAGAAGAAGAGGAAUCAAAGGACGACCCAGUUGACUCUGACGCCGAAGAGGAUGACGAAGAUGCGGAUGAAGCUAGCAAUGACACUGAUGCCGAAUCAAAGACAGAAACUGACAAAGAGGAUGUACAUGAUGAGCUCUAGAGAGUUUGCGGCGUGAGCUAUAGUUUUAUUCCGGAGUGGAAGUUAUAUCUUUUUUAGCUAUGUAGAAUUUUUCUCCUAGAUAAGCAAACCUUUGAAAAUUGCAAGCAAAAACUUGAGUUUUUUGCUUCACCAUUAAGACUAUUUCAGCUGAUUAGAACAAGUCUCAUUUGAAUUUAUCUUUUUCAUGUUUUUGAUCGAGUUUUCUGAUUAUAAAGCUGUGCCUCAAAAUCUUAAUAGCUAGUGGAUUUUCUGUGGAAA